GGAGUAAUAUUUGAAUAAAUAAAAGAAUUGAAUAAAUUAUUGUAAGAGAAAUAUAUGGUAACAUAUUGUUAGUCUAAGUUUAAGGUAAGACUAAAAAAUAAUGAAUUAAAUAAAGAGUCCAAACAACUUUGAUAGGUAGAUUUUUUAAGACUCCUCCCCUUUUAAUAGUAUUGAUACUAUUUUAUUAACGUUUCGGAUAUUAUAUUUUUGUUUAACUCUAUGGAUAAAUGAAUCAAAGAUGACACUUUUUUAGGAACAAAUCGAAUGAGUUUAAGAUAAAUCGAAAAUAAUAAGAAAAUGGCAUCUUGAUACUAGCUAAUUAUGGUUUUAUCAUUUAAACUUACAAGUUACAAUCAUUAUUUGAAUGAUGUAUUUAAUAUCCUUUUAGUGAGUAAACGAUUUUAACUUUCCAAAUGGCUCAAGUUUAACAAAAUAAGAAUCUGAAUCUUUGUAUCAAUUUUAAUAACUACAUAUAAAUAUAAACUACAAAGUGAAAAAUAAAAAUAAUAAAAGAAAGAGAAGAGAAGAGUUGCAUCAUGUUGGCUUAGAUAUUGCUUAGAUUGCAUCAUUGUGUAUUACUAUAUAGAUUACUUUUUUUUUGUUACUAAUGUAUGGUUCCAUUUCCUCACAUGUUUUGGGAAAAAUACUUAAGUAACUAAAUGAAUUAAUUAACUGAAAACCAAAGGAGAUUAAUUAAUUAAUUAAUUAAUUAAAGAAGUUCCCAAGAACAGCAACUUGUGCGCUUUCUAAUUUGCUUAUAGAUGCAGAUAAAAAGGGAAAGCCCAUAUGAUUGGAACAACUUGACGAUUUAUUCAUUAACAAAAGUAACUUAUUUGCUAAUUAGCUUAUUCAUUAACAACUAGACACGCAAAUAAAUUCCUAACCCUUAUCUUAAUUGGUACUCACUCUAUAGAGUUACUAUUAAAAGUUGAUUUUAUGGAAUAAAACUAGUUGUAGUUUUACAUCAAUUGUACACACGACGAAUAACAGAUGUAUGUGAUAUAUUUUAUAUAAUUAAAUACUUGUGAUGUGGAUUAAAACACAUACGACAUCCAUUUUCAGCAGAUCAAAUCCCAGCAAACAAAAUCAGAUCGUAAAAGUGGAAAAGAUUGUUUUAGCAAAAAAAAAAACAAAGAGAGGAAAAGAUUGCUUUCACAUCAUUAUAGAAUCCCUCGUAAUCUCAUAGACCGAAAAAUGUAGAUACACAUCGCUGGUUUGGUUUAAAAUAUUUAAUCUAAUCUUAGUUAGUUACGAGCAAAAUAUCAUGAUUUGUUUUUAGUACUUUCCAAUAAGGCAUUCUUCGUAAAAAGAGUUUGGUGCUAGUGGAUUAGACAUAUGUUUAGGGAAUACCAAAGUGGUUAUAUUUUUAAUUGAACAUUAGACCCGCUCACCAAAAAACUUCAAUGCUGGCUCAUAUCUUAACCAACUUUUUAUAGUAUAAGCUUUUUGAGUAUAUAUGAAGGAAGCAUCAUAUUGCCAUGUGCAUGCAUAUGAUGAGAACUAUUAUACAUUAAAUUUUAACCUAGUUGCCAAAGUUGCAUGCAUUGAUUUGGUAACUUUGUUUCUUAGUUUCCUUUUUAAUCCAUGCACCAUAACAUUAAUAAUGUGCAUAAUAAUAGUAAUGGCUUGGUUCAACUUCCAACCAAUGCACAUUGAUAACAUCUGUAAGUAAAUACUUCAUUUCCAGUAUUAUUUCCUUUAUCAAAUGGACACUAGCCAAAAACAACAAAUUAUAUUGUUAUAUACCAUGUCAAGAUUUAUAACAUUGAAGAUAAUCUGAGAUCCAGCCAAGUGAAGUUAUAAACUAUUUAGUUAGAAUAGGAAGAAAUGAACUAGCAUUGUCUUGAAUCGUUAAUUAACUAAUUAGCUUAUCGUCUUUUUUGUUGUUACUUGCCAACAUUAGCCUUCCGUUUUGUUUGGGAACAUAAAGUCCUCUUGGCGAUGUUCAUCACAGUAUUUAUACGGGUUGACCUAAUUGUUGUGUAACGAAAAAUAUAUGUAUAUAGUUAAAAUUUAAUCGAAUCAGUAAUCACUAAGUCAUGCCGAAAAAGUUAGAGAUAAAUAUUUUAAAACGGUCUCACCAAAUGCAUUUCUAUGACAGAAUUUAUGACUUUGUCUGCCUAUUUGCACACACAUAUAGGACGCAAGUAUCACUUUUCCCUUGUAUUUAGCUAUGUUUAAUUCAAGUCAUAUCCACUAUUUUUUUCCUAGUAAGUACACUUUCUAUUCAUUAAAGUUGAUGUGUUGCAUUUUUCAUACGCACGUUAAUACCCACAUCUAAAUGGAUUUCGUUUUCACCAGUUUUAAUUUGAAUAAACCUUAUACAAUACUAUGAUAUCCCAGUCUAGAGUCUAAAGAUUAAUCAAGAAAUGACAUGUGAAUAUUGAACAGGGUUAUGUCAUUUUUUGUUAAAACAAAAUUCUCUAAAACAUAGAUUUUAGAGACGGAGAAAGAAUUAAAAACAAAACUCGGACUUUCGAUAACAUAUGAAAUAAAGGGAUCAUACGCAGUAUUAUAUGUGUAUGUGUGUGGUUAGCUCUUUACAAUAUAUGAAGACGUCAUGAACGAUUAUAUCCUAAUUGAAUUUUAGAUCAAGAAUCUUUUUUUUUUUUGAUAAAUCGAUUAAAAAUGUGAAUAUUAAUCCAUUUUCACCUUCACCUUAGUAACUAAAUAUACCAUGCCUCAAAAUCUAUUUUUCUUAUUUUAUUUCUAAAGAAUAAAAAUAUUAAGAUUGAUCAACAAAUAUUAAAUUUGUGCUAAGGGAUAUACUUAAUUACAGAAAAGUCUCACGAGUGUGAAUACAUGUGUAGGCAACAUUACAAAGAGUAUAAAUGUAUAGUGCAUGUGAGUACACAUUACAUAAAGUCAUAAAUGAUACGUGCAUGUAAUGUUGCUCGUCAAAAUCGAAGGGGAAGAAACCUACACUUUAAAGUUUAAAUCAAUAGUGAAACUAUAUAAAUUAUGCCCUUUUUCAAAAAAAAAAAAAACUAUACAAAUUUUGGAAAGUUAGGUAAGUGAAAUCCUGUGGCGAUAGUGGAAAUAAAAUUAAAAUGGAUACAUUGAUCCUAUCAUAAAAGAAACCACACUAUGAGGUUUGAUUUUUAUUUGAAAUCAAGUACUCACAAUUUAUAUAUUAGUAUACUAUUUUCAAUUAAAGUUGAUUUUAUUUACCUUCUAUCCUCGACUGCAUUUGCCAAUUAUUUGUUUAAUAACCAAUUACAACACUACCUUUGUUUUGUUUCAAAUUGGGUAAUGGAUGUUAUUUAAUUGUUGUAUUUUGUUGGUCAUGCCAUAUAUUGACAUAUGUCCUUUUAUUUAAUAUAAUUGAUUCGUUAAAUGGUUUAGUUUAUAAUUUUACAUUAUGUCAUAGUCAUAGAUGAUGCAUGGCGUGGUUAACGUGCGAUAAAUGUACCGAUUUGACGGCCAGCGCAAACAAACCAGCCUGGAAAAGCAUUAUUACAAAGACAAAAUAAGGUACAUGUUCAACUUCUUAAUUCAUACUACAUUUUCUCAAGUUUCUAAAACACCUCAAGAAAAACGAAUAAGUAUAUAUAUAUAUAUUUUUUUUUGACUAAAACGAAAAGUAUAUUUCAUACAAGAAAAGAAAGAAAUGUCUUCCAUGUGUUUAAGUAAUGUAUACCUAAUUAUUUUAAUUAGAAGCUGUACGUAUUUGGAUAUGUAUUUGAUAUUCUGCGUUCCAAAUAACCGAUAAAAUCACUAUAAACAAGAAGAAGAAUCAUAAACACGCUUGACAACGACUAACGAAACUCUAGAUAUGUGAUGAUUCUUCGUUCCAAACUCUCACUAAUUGCCCAUGUGAAGCAUAUUCCUUGGUUACUUCCAAGGCCACAAGCUAGUUUCUUAGAAAAUGAUUAUAUAAACUAAAUCAAAUUUCAAAUAUAAAAUAAAUAAGUAAGUUAACAAACCCCACCUUAUUCACAGCACAUAGUUGAACAAAGGCACGUGAUCCUCCCAAAAGGUGUUUAACUAGUACAUCUCAUGACGUAUACUCUCACAUCAAUAUAUAGAAUCUAAAUAAAACAAAAACCAAUAAUUAAAGACGUUAUUCUACCUCAUAAUACAAAGCUUAAAUUCCUCAAACAUUAGUAUUCUUAUGAACAAAGUUAUUGACUUGACCAAAAAAAAAAUGAACAAAGUUAUUGACUUAUUACACCUUUCAGAAACAAGCAAUCUAGUGCAAAUGUAUAUAUUUUAUUCAGAGAUUUUUAUACUAGUGUUUGCUUAUAAAAAAGUUUUUUUUUCUGUUUGGUCAAUAAAUAAAAGUUUCGUUUAAUCGGAAAUACGAUAGUAUAUUACCCGUUGUAAGUAACAAGAAUAAUAACAUUGCCGUAAGAAUUCAUUAUAUGGUGUGCCAGUAGUUGAAUGUUUGAAAAUCAAGAUGCUAUGUUCACCAAAGUUCACAUAUAAAAGUUGUUACAUAAUAUCAUGAUACAUUGGAUACACAUGAAUACAUGCUUUGUCGCAUACAGUCAUACACAUACAUUUUCAAGUUUGAACAAAAUUUAUGAUACACCAUGAACAAGAAAUACAGAAUAAUUAUGUUGUAUAAAUGAUAAUUCAAAUAAAUAUAAUUAUAUGUAAUUCCAAAUAGUUAGGAUUAUAAAAUAGCCCGAGAAAUUAACAGCUUUAAAAUAAGUAUUUUCAUCUUCAAGAAUCAAAUUAUAUUGUUUGGGAAGCCCGAAGAAAAGCAAAGAAAAAAAGAUUAUUCUUUCAUAAGACCCACCAAUCUCAGACCAUGCAAGCUUUCUUCCAGUGCACCAAUCCACCUUCUUGCUAAACAAUUAGAUAAAAUUUUGUCUUUGACCAGUAGUUUCCUAUUAUCUUUUUCUUUUUCCUAUAGGCUUUUCAAUUUAUGUAUUUAUUUGUUGUUGAUAAAAAUGUAUUUAUUUGUUGUUGUAACUAAAAAAUAUAUUUAUUCAUUUUAUUUAAAAUAAAAAUUCUGCUGUCUCUCUGACAAACUCCACAUGCAGAUGUAAAAGGGCACCAAAGACUUAUGAGACCCACCCACAUUAUUUUGUCCACAUGGAUGUGUAAGGGAACCUCUUUUUCAUUUACUAUUUCCUUUCUCUGUUCAUUAAUUAUUAUUUAUAAUGUCAUGUAAUUGUACCAUUAAUUAUCAUUUAUAAUGUUAGUGACUGGACCAUCUAAUUUGUCUUUUAAAAAUUAAUAAGAGUAUACACAUUCACCAUUGAUACAAAAAAGAUAAAUUUAAUACUAUAAAUUUAUAUAUUAAUUCUGUAACUGAAUAAUCAGAUAAAUCUUCAAAAAUAAGUGGAUUUAUCCAAUAUCAUGUGUCUUGUUAAAUAAAAGAAAAUAAAGAACUUAGUUUGGUCUUUUUUUUUUUUGGAGCAAAGGUCUGUGUGCUUUCAUGUGCCUCACUUUCAUCAGAGAUGCAUAGAAAAUACAUACCUCAUUAUUCCCAAGCAGAUUUUUUUCAGUGCUUUGUCAUAAAAUUUUAUUUUAAAUAUUAAAAAAUUCAAUUACAUUCUCUUACAAUGUAUAAAUCUACGGAUACACACGUAUACAUGUACACGCAUGUGUAUACAAAUCACACAACCGAUGUUAUAUAUGCUUCACGAGCUUUCACGAGCUUCUCCAUAUAAUUGUAGAGAGUACUUUAGCCUUUUACAGAUUCAUUUCUCUCAAAACAACACAAAGGAGAAAAGAAAAAAAAAACUUUUAUUUUCUCCUCCUCUUCUUUCUUCUUCAAGGAAACCAUCCAAGAGAACAAACACAGAGAAACCUAAUAUCUUGUCUGGUCAUAACUUCACAAAGUAGCUUUACCGUUGUCUAAAUGCUGGGUUCUACGUUGUCCUCCUCUCUCUUCUUCUACUUUCAAUGAGACACAUAACAAAGGAGAAUCCUGAAACUGAAGAUUUUCAAGAACUGUACAUGAGAAAAUAAAGAAGACGAAACCUUAUACGAACCAGAGCUAAGAAGAUGUCGGCAAAGCUUUUGUAUAACUUGUCAGAUGAGAAUCCAAAUCUAAAUAAACAGUUUGGAUGUAUGAAUGGGAUCUUCCAGGUUUUUUACCGGCAACAUUAUCCUGCGAGACGUGUUGUUGUAGCCGGAGAUGAACUCAGGUCUCUGCCUUCAGGGAGAACAAUUGAAAAUGUCGGUGGUACCAACGUUACAACGGCCAAGGAAACGGAGAAGAGUAAGAAGAAGAAGAAGGCUGCAAAGGAGAGACAAAGGGGAGGAGUUUCCUCUGAGUCAUCCUCUAGGCUGUCCUUUUCUUCUUCACCAAGCUCCUCAAGCUUCUCGUCUGAAUCUCAGUUUGAACAACCCGGUUUGAUGCAAACGAGUAACGGUGAGAAUCCGGCAAGAGGUGGUUUAAUGAUGUCGAGUGAUUUAAGGGAGCUUGUGAGAAACUCCAUUCACAAGGAGACCAGAGCCAGAGAUGAAGAAGAAUCUAAACCAGAGAGAGCUAACGUGUCUCUCCUCAAAGAAUCAUCACCAGCUCGGAGAGUAGUGAAGCUGAAAGACAGUCCUCGGUUCUCUUACGAUGAGAGGGAGACAAGAAAGACAGGCGCCAAGUUCAAGGAGACGCCGAGGUUGUCAUUAGACAGUAGAUCGAAUUCCUUUAAGAGUGCAAGAUCUAGCUCUUCACCAGAGCCGCAGGAGCUUGUCACGGGCCAUCACAGAAGAACAACUUCGAGCGUUGUUGCCAAGCUGAUGGGUCUUGAAGUCAUUCAAGACGAGUGUGUUACUGAUCAGGUCAGAGAGAACCGUUUCUGCGACUCUCCAAGGCCAACUCUACAAAGAUCAAGGAGUCCUGAUCCGAUCAAAAAUGUGAUGCCUGCUAAGUUUCCUAUGAAAGCAGCUGCACGCACGCAAGUGGAUGGUGCUAAGAACCAAGUCAAAGGAGUUGAUGCUGCUACUACGCUAACGGUUUAUGGUGAGAUACAGAAGAGGCUUUCGCAGCUUGAGUUCAAAAACUCCGAGAAAGAUCUCACAGCUCUAAAGCAGAUACUCGAAGCAAUGGAGACGAAACAGAAGUUGAUAAGCAAAGAUGAUGACAACAAUAGCCUAGUUCCAUCUGCAGCAACAAGCCCCUCGUCCAAGAGUUUCAGAUCUUCGUCUAUCGUGGUUAUGAAAGCAUCUGCUCCAGUUUUCAAAGAGACGGGCAACUAUGGUUCAGCCUCUUCCUCGCCACGGUGUGUUACUUUACCAAAUGUCAAGGUUACAAACCUGCGGCAAAGCCAGAAAGUCUCUCAAAGGAAGCAAAGCGCCAUGGAUGUGACUCCAAGGCCAGGAGUUUACAAGGUCAAGACAGAUUCACCAACAAAAAACACUGGUUCUAGACCGUUGGCCAAGUCGGGAAAGAGCCAGAAGCCUAGUGUCAGCCCAAGAACACAGCCGAAGGAGCUGGGGUUCGAGAAGCAGUCUAGACCAACGUCUCCAAAACCAGAACAGAACAAGAUCCAAAGACAACAACUCAGUAGGCAACAGAAGGAAUCAGCCUCCCCAAGAAGAAUAAAAUCUCGGAGCAUGCAGCAAUCGGAAGACCGUUUAAGUGACGAAAGCAGUGACUUGAGAAGUCUAAGAUCUGACAGCAACGUAAGCUCAGCUUCUAACCUUGACAGUGAGGUUACAAGCAGAUAUAGAUACGAAAGGAACAGCGACUUCACGGAGCAGCAGCACACACCAAAACAAAGGAGUCCAGAAUUGGGAAUGAGGUCGUUGCCAAAACCUCUGAAAGUUACGGUGGAGCAGCCAAGCCCCGUUUCAGUUCUUGAUGUAGCCUUUGACGAAGAUGAGUCACCAUCCCCUGUGAGGAAGAUAUCCGUUGUCUUUAAAGACGAUGAUCAUCUACGUUCUGAAGAGUCCCAGUGGAUGAACAAGCACAAAGCCUUACGUAGAUCGAUCGUGUGGCCUGAGAGUAACGGGAGUCUAGAUCAGUCAGAUGCUGAACUUAAUGAGGGUAUCAUGGAAGAAGGUGGGAAACUAAACAACAAUGGUGACCACCACAAGUACAUCUCAGAGAUACUGUUAGCAUCCGGUCUUCUAAGAGAUAUCGACUACAGCAUGCUAAGCAUUCAGCUGCACCAAGCACACCUACCAAUCAAUCCUAGCCUUUUCUUUGUCCUGGAACAGAGCAAGACCAGUAAUGUGACUCAACAUGACAAAAAGCACAGAGGCAUAGGAUUCGGACAACAACAGACGGCGAACCUGAUAGAGCGAAGCAGGAGGAAGCUUGUAUUUGACACCAUAAACGAGAUCUUAGCUCGCAAAUUCGCAGCAGAAGGGUGUACAAAGCAACCAUACAUAACAUCAUCAAUCAGCCAGCUAAGGAGGACAAACAAGAGUUCAAAAGGGAAUGAACUUCUGGAAACUGUGUGUUCAGAGAUUGAUAGAUUACAAGAUAACUCAAAAUGCAUCUUGGAUGAGGACGACGAAGACCUCAUUUGGGAGGACUUGCAAGGUCAAGGCAUGAACUGGAAGGAGAUUGAAGGAGAGACGCCAGGGUUGGUGUUAGACAUUGAGAGGCUAAUCUUCAAGGACUUGAUCAGUGAAGUUGUGACAAGCGAGGUUGCUGCUUCUCCAGGAAUGCUCAGUGGGAAACCCAGACAGCUUUUCAAUUGCUAAUAUGCCUAAUUACUUAGAACUGUAAAUGAAGGAUCUAAAUAAUCCAUUUUACAGAGUAGAAAAUAUUUGAUUUCUUGGUUCUGUGAACCCUUGUAUAAUCCUUUCUUGUAUUCUCUUCUUAACUGUUUA